UGAUGCAAGCAUUUGCUGAUGCAAGCAUUUGUGCUACAGGAGUUCCUCAGUCAGCCAAGAUGCGUGCAACGGUGCGCCGAAAUGAACGCCUCCAUUUCCUGCGCCUGGUCUGCCACCGUCUUCGAAGAACUGGCUGUGGACGGGGCUGGACCUGCACACUCGGCAGCCUGCGGUAGCUCAUACCGCCGAUGCUCCGCCUGGCUCGGCCUUUACCGCUGGCCCGUGAUAUGGCCGGACGCGACCGCACUCGACGGUGGUGGAACAGCCUCGCGCCGGUGGUACUGUGCGAGUGUGGACGGAUUCACACCCGUGCCGCAGCACUGGAGAGCCGGCGAGCCGGACGGGACCGACCGCAAUGACGGUCACGUCGGUCACUGCGCCGCGGUCGGCGCGGACGGCUUGUUGACCGACGCAAGCUGCGCAUCGCGCCACCACGGCGCAAAGCGCGGCGUCGGCUUCCUUGCGGCGGAGGAGGACAGCGCUCCGGCGCCGCAUCUAGGAUCGCUGGGCCUGCGCGCGCGCCUCUCGACCGCCUACGCGGCGGAGGUCGAGAUGCGCGCGCGGGUGUGCUACAUCAUGCUCGGUGUCGGCUGGUUCCUCUUUGUGGCGGGGUGGGGCCCACUGCCGCUAGUUCGGCUCGAGCCGGCCGGCGUGAUGCUCGGCGGCGUCUUCGGCAGAAACAUGGUGCUCGAGGGGUCGGCCGCGGCGCUCGGCCCCCUGCUGCUCGCCCUCUCCCUCCGCCCCACCGACGCGGCCAACGUGCGAGCCGCCUCUUGGCUGAUGAUGCUCUUCACGCUCUCCCUCGCGACCAUCUUCAUGCAAGUGGCCGCCGGCUCGUAUUGGGCGUACGCGAACGGCUCCCCAGCCCCCCCCUUCCUCGUCCGCUCCGCGCCGCGCCGUUCGCCCCUCGUCGCCGCGUUGGGCGGCGUCUCGCUGCUGCAGGCGCUGGCGCAGCUGCUCGCCGCCGCCGCCCUCUUUUCGUCGCCGCUGCAGGUGCCUCGCAGGGCGCUGACGCGGCUGUGGCACACCCUCCGCUGCCUCUACGCAACGCAGAGCGUGCUGACUCUCCUUCAGCUGGGCAUGGCGCUGCAGCUGGACCCCUCCUUCAAGCACAGUCUAUUCUUCGCGCACAGAGUCGUUUGGUGCGUCAACGCCAUCGCCGGCGCCGUUGUGCUCACCGCUCGGAGGAGGCGCCGCAUACAGGCCUCCAUCGCCCGCGCGCUGCUGCCGGAGGAUCGGAGGGGUCUCGCCGCCGUCGGCGCACUGAUGGGCGGCAAGACGUCCGCCGCCGCGUUUGCCGCCGCCGCCGCUUCCUUUCGCUCCCUCUCCUUCCGCCAGAUCCGGCCCGGCGAUUUGGCGAGCUCGGCCGACAGCGGGCUGCACGCGCUCACGCGGCCAGCGAAGCUGGGCGAGGUCGACGCCUUCGUGUCGCACAGCUGGCUUGACGACGGCGAAGCCAAGUUCGAGGCGCUUGCGGCGUGGGCGGAGAGCUUUGAGAGCGAGCACGGCCGGCCGGCGUGCGCGUGCAUCAACCAGGAGCACAUCGAGGCUUCGCUCGCCGGGCUUCCCGCGUACCUCUCGGGCUGCCGCUUCCUGCUCGUGCUUGCGGGGCCGUCCUACUUGCGGCGGCUCUGGUGCGUCGUCGAGGUGUUUGUCUUCUCGCUGAUGACGCGCGGCUCCGCCGAGCGCAUCGUCGUCCUUCCUUUUGGCGACCACAGCCGGCACACGCCCGCGACGCGUCCACGGCGCACCCGCGCGCUCACGGGCGCGGGCAGCCGCGAUGGUGGCGUGGGUGGCGCUGACGCAAUUCCGAGCGUCAGGACCCUCGCGGGCUUCUCGCUCUCGGCCGCGUCGUGCGCGAUCAAGAACGACGAGCACCGGCUCCUCGGCGUGAUCGAGGCGGCGUUCGGCGACCACGCUUCCUUCGAGUCGCCGUUCCGUGCGCUCCUCUGCAGCCGCGUCUUUGGUCCGUCGGCGCAGUGCCGCGGCUCGAGAGCCGACGGGUCGGGCAGCUCGCGCAGCGAGAGGCGUGCGGGCGCCGCCACGGACGGCAGCGUGGAUGGCCGCGGCCGCGUCGCGCGCGUCUGCCGCUUGCUGCGGCGCGUUCUCUCCCCGGCACCGGCCGAGAGGCGCAGAGGGGAGGGGGGCGGUGUGGAGGCAAUGAUGUGCCGGCAGGCGAGUGGGAGUAGGAACUCACUCGUGUAGAAAGUAAACGGACACUUUGGCACGGGACGGCUAUCUACCAAGAAAAAGAAAAGCGG